UGUUUGUGGCUUUUCUAAUCUCUCUAUCAGAGCACAUGGACACCUUAAUAUGUAACGUGAAAACUGUGCGAUUUCUAUUGGAAGAUUUGUUUCCUCAACCUUUGGAAAUGCCACGGGGCCAUAGAAGUCACGUGAGCGUCGACGAUAACUCGAAUUUUUUCUUUCCUCGAAAAAAAUUUCGCGAAAGAAACUUGAAAAAAAUGGUCAAUUCAGAAAAUGACGUCAUUGGUCUUCCCCAGAUAACGAGACAAACCUCACUCGUUGGAGAGUGUCAGAGCGAAUCAGAUGCUUCAAUUUCUGAUGACUUUUCUGGCGAUAUUUUAGUGGAUUUGUUGAAACCAGAUGGAGAAGAAAUGAUAAACAAUAUUAUUGAGCUGAUUCAUAAACGUAUUGCGAAGCUCCUGAAGAGCCGCACUCCGGACAUAUUAAAAGUUCCUUACAACCAAGCAGCGGAGCUGUAUGAACGCGUGGCUACUUUUGUUGAACGCUCUACGUCCCGUGGUUCGUUGAGCUCUCCUGUUAGAAGAGAGCUACUUUCCUUGCUCCGGUUGUAUUUUGAGCAGUUUCAUUCGAAGAGAAUGACUCAACUCUCUUCGUCAUUGGGACAAUGAAGUGUGGAAGCGCGCUCAUGUGGCAUAUGACUUUCAACUUUUAGUGGACGCUUUCAAGAAAAUAGAAGACCCCGCUGUGGACUUUUAUGAAUCUCUAAACUUUUCUUCUCAAA